AGACGCCUGAGUAGACAUGUUGAAAUUCUGUAGGUCAUGACACUGUAGCAAUACUUCACCCACUGAGCCAAUCAUUUCUGCCACGCCAAAGCUGGAAUCUAAUUGUUCGGACGGAGAAACUGUGCGCAAACGCACACACGAACAACAGCGGUAUGACUCCUGAGGUCGUGGAUGGAGUUUUCUUCUCACUGGGGAUUACUGAAAUCCAGCCUCGUCCCGCUCAGUAUGACACAGACUUUUUCUGGUUAUAGUGUCUCCCCCACAGGGAGUUCCUACUCGCUCCCCACGGCCCUAAAACUAAUGGAGGUGGCUCAUGACAAGCGUCUCAGCCAUGGGGGGGAACGUGUUAGCCAUCAUUUGUGAAAACCCCCCGAAACAAGCCUGGGAAAUACUGUAUCACCGUCUCAUUAUUUGUUUGUGUCCCUCGAAAAUCUCUGCAAACAUACUGUCACCGUCCCAUGUGUUUCCACUCUUUUUACCCCUCUGCUCCAGCCUCGCCGGCGCUGAUGUGAAAUUACUGCACACAAAAGAUCAACUGCUGACGCACCUUAUCUCCCAUUACUAUGGUAAUGAGACGCUCCGUGGGUAAAACAACCUCCUCUUGCAAACCAAUGCGCCCCGUGUGCACCCAAACCACAGUCUCUUUGCAGCUUACUUUCCGUUUCUCUUCAGGAAGCGCUUGCUUUGUUCAGCUGUCUUUUUUUCUCUCUUUUUUUUUUUACGCAAAUGAGCUGUGCCGUUGACGGGUUGACACUGCUUUCCAGACCAGUGGAAGAAUGUGUGUAACUGUAAAUGUCAUCAGUCUAUAUCUCCUAUGUAGGGUCACACUCCCUCAAAACACUUUCAGUUGGAGAUUACAGGCUGUUCAGAAGUUGAGAGAGGCAUUUGAAUGUUUGCUGAAAUGACACCAGAUUCAAAUCACACACUGGUAAUGUCAAGAAAAGGGAUUGAAAGGAACUGCUGCAUCCUGCUUAAACAACAGAAACUCAGAUCUGAAAAGAUCUGCCACUUUUCACAGUCAAGACCAAAGGAUCAAAAACAUACAAAAUCACCCUGCUUUAGGACCUGCCUGAGGUUUCGCUUCAAGGAUCGCACGAGGAUGGAGCAAAGGGACGUAACGGGGGAUCCUGGUGCCGACGGGCCCGAGGGGAGUCUCAGGGAGCUGACAUCAAAGUGGUUCAUCGAGACUCAAGUGCCAAACAUCGUCAAUAAUGGCCUCAUCCCCACUUGGUUCCAGGGCUUCAUUACCAGAAAGCAGGCUGAAGAAAAGCUCAGAGAAAAGGAUCCGGGCUGCUUCUUGAUCCGUCUCAGCGAUAAGGCAAUCGGAUACAUACUGUCCUAUAAAGGCAGCAACCGGUGUCGUCACUUUGUGAUAAACCAAAACGAGACCGGCCUGUUUGUCGUCUAUGGCGACACCAAGGGACACGACACGGUGCCUGAGCUAAUAGAAUACUACAAGACGAGGCCCAUCGAGCCGUUCGGAGAGUACUUGACGUGCUCGUGUUUCGAGGAUCUGAAUGAAGAGCUGUAUGACAUCAUUCAGGUCAGCCCCAAGGCUGACAAGCCUGCCGCUGCUGCUCCUGUUGCUGCUGUCAGGCCUGUGAAGAACAUGCGGAAAGAACAGCAGAGCCCAGCCUCGGAGCAGCAGCCUACACGGCCAUCAAAAGCCAACAGGACGGAGGAACUUCCACCUUUGCCUCGGAGGAGCAGACACUUUGACAGCGCCAACCUCAAUGACCAGGACAGGGUCCUGUACGCUCAGCUCAGGAAGCAGUCGCCCAGAGAGAUACCCAGAGCCCAAUACAGCUCCCAGAGCAGUUUAACGGGAGCCAACGGCGGGAGAGCUGAGAGGUCGAAAAUCAGUGACCACGGCGUUGGGAGAUGUAGUCCUCCAUCAGGACCAAAGUCUGUUUACUCUGAGGUCAACCCACUGGACAGCAAGAGCAGGUCUCUGCCGCUCCUGGACAGCAUCUCUGACGGGGAGCAGUCUUACAGGCGGAGCGCGCCUCCCGUCACCCCACCAAGACUUUCCCCCAAUCCCACCAGACAAGCCACGAACUGCACAGAGAAGGUCGAGUCUCGCAGCCGACCGAACAGCAGCCACAUCCCGGACUACGCGAGCGACACCGCGGUCUAUCACCUGGCUGGCCGGCCCGGCAGCCCGCACACUACACCCUCCGACACUAGAUCAGCGAUGGCCACCCCGGACAUUGAUUCUGUGUAUGCCGAGGUCUACACUGACGCUUCCAGUUCUUGUUUCCUUGACGACUGUACAUAUGAGCAGCUUCCUGACCACAAGGAAACAGCCAUGCCUCAACCCAACAAUAGCAGCAGCAACAGCAACUGUUACGCGCCUCUGGAGGACAUCAGAAUCAAACCUCACCCUGCAUCCCGGGGAUUAAAGAAUGACAAAUGGAAAUGGCUCUUCCCCGAGGCCAAGAAGAAGUGGUGAAGAUGUCACCUUACCAGCCAAAGAAGAUAAUGUUUACUCAUUUCCCUAACCUCACACUACUGAGCUACCGGCUAACUCCAUGGAAGCUUCUUUUAUAUGUUCAACGUCGAUGACAACUUUUGUAUCUUUGCUUUUUCAAGUAUUUAUUUAAAAAUGCUCAUGGAGUUUUCUUUUCUACUUGUACAGUAAGUCCAAAUAAAAUGAAUUGUACA